AUGCCCAUACCCAGCAAGCACCCCAACAUCGGCCGCUCGCAGAGCUGGGAUGCUGCCGGAUGGUACGAAGGCAACUGGGAGAGUGAGAACGCCUUCGAGUACCAGCGCCUGCCGGGCCGGAGGAGCUCGCUGACCUAUGGCAGUGAGGGUGGCUGGUAUGAGCCACCGAGAGCCAACGAUAUCACCUUGCAGGGCGGCGCGGAGCUGAAGCAAGAGGCGUACCCAUACCAGGACAACACAUUCCCCCCAGGGCCCCUAAGGAAAGGCUCCGUCCCCGACUUCGCCUACUGCGACCGGCAGGCGGCCAUGGCGGGCCGGGGCUCCCUGCCACCCCAGGAUUACUACAGCGACCCAUCCCUGGCAGCUAGGUCAGCCAAGGACCCCCGCUGCUAUCGUGACCACAUGGUGACCAGGCCAUUGGUGAGCUAUGGGGCACCCGGCACACGGAUGUCCUGGGAACAGCCCCCAGGGCGCCUGCCUGCCCCACCGGAGGCUGCCCGCCUAUACCGGGACCCCAAACUGGGUCUGGAUGGGCAGCGGAUGCGUGGCAGAGAUGCCUCUCCAGCAUGGUACGGCACGGAACCGCAUGGACCAAGGUAUGCAGCUGAGCCCCCUGCCUUCCCUGGCAGGCAGGUUUAUGGUGAUGGGUCGGAGAGGCCACCUGAGCCGGUGGGGAGCAGGCAGGCUGCCCCAACAUGCCUUGUGGUGGAUCCUGCUGGCAGCACCGGCAGCAGCUAUGGGCCAGGCAGGGAGAGCACUGGUGCCAAGGGGCCCUAUGACAGCUAUGAGGCAGCAACGGUGACCCCUUCCCAUCCACCAGUGCCCCCCACUUUCCCUGGGCCAGAAGGGAAGAGGAGCUUCGAUCCUGAGUUUGUGGCAUUGCUUCGUGCAGAAGGUGUCUCAGAGAGCACCUUUGCUGCCCUGCUGCAGCAGGGCUUUGACUCACCGAGCCUCCUGGCCAUGAUGGAGGAGAACGACAUCAAGUCGGUGGCUCCCAACCUGGGGCAGGCUCGUGUGCUGUCCCGCAUCGCCCACAACUACAAGGCAGAAAUGCAGCGCCAGGAGCGCAGGAGUGGGGUGCUGCGCCCCAGGACCCGUUCCAACAGCUUCAGCCACCGCAGCGAGCUGCCGGGGGACUAUGGGGUGCCCCUCGGCUCUGGACCCACCGCUGAUGGUCCUGCCACCCUGCAGCACCCACCUCCGCUGCAGCCGCUCUCACCAAGAGCAGGAGAGAUGCACCGCCGGCCAUCCAGCGCCCCAACACAGCAUCUAUUGGAGACUUCCACCUACCCUGCUUCAACAGGGGCUCCUCAGGGGCCACACUUCCUCCCUGGUUCUGGAUACAACACCCCCCUGCCUUGCAACACGCACCCACGUCCAGCUUCCACCUACUCUGCUCCAGGCAGCGUGCCCAUGACCACGGGCAACCCACAUGCCAGCCCCAAAACAGCCUAUCCCACCACGUACACCGUGCCCAUGGAGCUGAUGAAGAGGGAGCGGACAGUGGCAGCAUCACCAGCACCCAGCCCACAUGGAAGCCCACAGCUCCUCCGCCGGCCGGGAGCAGCGGGAGACAGCAACCUGGCACCCACUGGACCUGCUUUCCCUGCCCAGCUGUCCCCAUAUCCAAAGCUCAGCAGGCGCACGGGGCCCCCCGUCAUCGUCUCCACCAUGGCAACGCCUGAACCAAGUAUUCGCCCCCAAAUCAUGAACGGCCCCAUGCACCCGCGGCCGCUGGUGGCACUGCUGGACGGCAGGGACUGCACGGUGGAGAUGCCCAUUCUGAAGGACCUGGCCACGGUUGCUUUCUGUGAUGCACAAUCAACUCAGGAGAUCCAUGAGAAGGUGUUAAACGAAGCCGUUGGGGCGAUGAUGUACCACACCAUCACAUUGACACGGGAAGACCUAGAGAAGUUCAAGGCCUUACGGGUCAUCGUCCGAAUAGGCAGCGGCUACGACAACAUUGACAUCAAAGCUGCAGGGGAGCUUGGGAUCGCCGUCUGCAACAUCCCAUCGGCGGCGGUGGAGGAGACAGCCGACUCCACCAUCUGCCACGUGCUCAACCUGUACCGCCGCAACACGUGGCUGUACCAGGCACUGAGGGAAGGCACGAGGGUGCAGAGCGUGGAGCAGAUCCGGGAGGUGGCCUCCGGAGCCGCCCGCAUCCGGGGGGAGACGCUCGGCCUCAUCGGCUUCGGUCGCACUGCGCAGGCGGUCGCGGUCCGAGCCAAGGCGUUCGGCUUCAACGUGAUCUUCUAUGACCCAUACCUGCAGGAUGGGAUUGAGAGGUCCCUGGGGGUCCAGAGGGUCUACACACUGCAGGACCUGCUCUACCAGAGCGACUGUGUCUCGUUGCACUGUAACCUUAAUGAACACAACCACCACCUUAUCAACGACUUCACGAUCAAGCAGAUGAGGCAGGGAGCGUUCCUGGUGAACACAGCACGCGGGGGGCUGGUGGACGAGAAGGCCUUAACCCAAGCCCUGAAGGAGGGACGGAUACGAGGGGCUGCGCUCGACGUGCACGAGUCUGAACCGUUCAGUUUUGCUCAAGGCCCCUUGAAAGAUGCUCCUAACUUAAUCUGUACCCCACACACGGCCUGGUACAGCGAGCAGGCAUCCCUGGAGAUGAGAGAAGCUGCUGCUACCGAAAUCCGGCGUGCCAUCACAGGGCGCAUCCCAGAAAGCCUAAGGAACUGCGUCAAUAAGGAAUUCUUUGUCACAACGGCUCCGUGGUCAGUAAUAGAUCAGCAAGCGAUCCAUCCGGAGCUCAAUGGUGCCACGUACAGGUAUCCCCCUGGCAUGGUCAGUGUGGCACCGGGAGGAAUACCGGCAGCUAUGGAGGGCAUCAUUCCCGGCGGCAUCCCUGUUACUCACAACCUCCCCACAGUGGCACAUCCUUCCCAAGCGCCAUCUCCGAACCAGCCCACAAAACACGGGGACAACAGGGAACAUCCCAACGAGCAAUAGCAGCUAAUUUAAAAAGCACUCCAUAAACUUAGGACCAAGAGACGUUGGGAAAGAAGUUAUCCACGGACUAAAGGAAGCAUUUGAUACGAGAUUUGUAACGUUCCUUUUGGACAGACGCAUCAUUGAUGUUCCCCACAAAGUGACAGUGGUCAAUGGGGAGAAGGCCUGAAGAAGUCACCUCAACCGAAGCGCUGAAAACUCGGAUGUGAUCCAUGAAUGAGCAACUUCUGUUCUUGUGUGUUCAGUUUCCUUCAUCUGUGCAUCAAUCACAUGAAUAAAGAGAGAUUCUUUCCCCCCCCCUUUAAUUCAUCGGGAAGGGCAGAGCUUCUGCACCAGUGUUCAAACCUCUGCAUUCAGCCAUCACUGUGGAGUUAACAUGGAUGCGGCUUCAGCCCUUUCCUUACUCCUGGAUCUGGUUACCUCUUCCAACAGGAGCCAUUAGGCCUGGCUUAGAGGAAAAACAUCCUAAUAAUCCUAGGGCCAGUAAUGGAAGUUCUCCUGCCAGGCUUAAGCUGGGAUCCACAGGAUGAGAAGGGCAGAAAGGGAACGGCCACUGCCCUGCUAAGCUAAAGGAAGAAGCCAACAACAGCCCCCUACACUGAAUAAAGUAGCUGUGCAUCCUAUCUCUGCCCUGCAAUGAUGCAAGACAAAAAAAAAGAGGAAAAAAACAUUAAAAAAAGGAAAAAAAAAGAGAGAAGAAAGUAUUAAGUUUCACACUAUUUGUACUCAAAUAUAUUUUCUCAGUUUUAAAUCUGCAGCUAUUUUAUCAAGUGGAAAGAAAAAAAUGAAGUCUUGAGCUGGAAAGGGCUCAAGGAUAAUGUUGCAUUUCCUUAUGUCUCAGGAAACACUUUUUAUGGUAACUUGUCAGACUGUCUCUGAACAAACCCCCCCUUUUUUUAGACAUGGGUAAAAACAAAAGUCUUCUUUUCUUCACGUGCUAUUUUAUACAAGAACACUUGGACCACGUGCUAUUAGAUGGGACUGAUUUUAACAAAUCCUCUUAGAUUUGUAUCAACUUAGUUACAUGUUAUCCUCAUAGUCUUUUGUGAAGCAUCGCCUUUUUGUUUGGAAGAGAUGGCCGAUGUUGAGCCUUCGUAUGGGUACACUCCUGUUUCUGUGACAUAACAAAACACCUGAAGCUGUCCCAAGCAACCAGAAAAGAAACCACACAACCCGAUGGCUCUCAGCAGUAUGUUUUGUUUUAGUGUGUUACCGGUCCUGUAUUUGUUUCUUGUAAAGGUGGACAUUUAGCGGUCAGUGCAGUUUUCAAUAAAAAAGUGAUAAAA